AUGCGUUCUUCUAUUUCUCAGUUCGCUUAUUUAAUAUCUUUCCUAACCUUUGAAACCAUCCUGAGCUCUUCAUUAGAUCAUGCUAUCACUGAUCGAAGAGUAUCUCAUCUUUCAAUAAGGGAUCCUCGAUCCGGUUUUGGCGGAUUUCGAGGUCAAAAGAACAGAGCUACCACAGCCAAAAAUAAUAAAACUACUACUUCUACCGCCAAGGAUACCGAUGCACAAACUUCACUUACACUUGAUCCUGCUGAAAUUCAAACCGGAUCAGCUCAAGAUGGAAAUCCUACUGGAGGACAAGUCGCCUCAUUAACUUCGACCAAUAAUUUUAUUAAUUUUUGUAUUUCUCCUCUAGCCUUAGGAGCACCACUCAUGAAUGGAACUCAAACAAAAGCAACUCAAUCCUGUAAUCCGAUUCCAAUGGGUAUGAUGGUAAGUCAGAAUAAUAUGCCUUCGGCUAAAUUCACCAAUCCAGUCAACCUUGAAACCAUCAAAGCCAAUAAAACAUUUGAUAUUACGAUGAAAAUCAAAAAUCUCAAUGCUGGUAAUUUUGUGAAUGCAGCUACCAAUUAUUUUUCUGCACCUGCUCAGAUUGAUCCCAAGAAUGGAAAUGUGAUUGGUCAUAGUCAUUUUGUGAUUGAAGCUAUCGAUUCUUUAACUUCUACAACCGUUACCAAUCCUCUUCAGUUUGCUUUCUUCAAAGGGGUUGAUGGCGCGGCUGUCGGUGGGGUCUUGACAGUAAAUGUACCCGGAGGUCUUCCAGCAGGUACUUAUCGGCUUGGUUCUAUCAAUUCCGCUGCCAAUCAUCAACCAGUCCUAUCAACAAUUGCUCAACAUGGCUUGUUUGAUGACGUCGUCUAUUUCACCGCAAAGUAG